AAAAGUGACAUUUUCUUAUCUUUUCAGACUGAAAUUAAACUAUCGUUUAAUUCAGUAUUUUCAGAACUAGAGAUGAAGAUUUCAGUGUUUUCUAUGUAAUCUUUCGCUUUUAAGUAAAAAAAAGUGUAGCAAAUAUGAUGCAACAUCAAUAUUGGGUGACCAAAAAGACUGUAUUGAAAAAAUUCGGAACCAAAGAAGACGAUUGUAUAGUUUCUUCUGAUGCCGAGCUUGAUGCAAAACUAGAAUUGUUUCGAUCAAUAUCUGAUAGUUGCUUGCAAUUGCAACGUGUUUUAGACCAGUACCAAGAACGAUUGUGUAUUUUAGCUCAAGAAGAAAACGCUUUGGGUAAAUUUUUACGCGAUGCAGGCAAAGCUGGUGAAGCUUCGGGUAAACACAUGGUAUCAGCGGGUAAGGCAAUAUCUUACUCUGGGCAGCAGCGCUUAUCUAUAAGACCACCUUUGUUGAGGCUUUAUCAUGAAGUGGAGACAUUUAGAUGCCGAGCUGUGAAAGAUAUGCGAGCAACGGUUUCAGCUAUGGAAAAAGCUCGUAUAGAGUAUCGUGCUGCCCUCAGCUGGAUGAAAUCGACCAGUGCUCAACUUGAUCCCGAUACUGGACGUGGACUUGAUAAUUAUAGAAAAGCACAAAGGCAAGUUCGCGAAAGUAAGAAGGUUUUUGAUAAGCUGACCCUAGACGUUUUACAAAAGAUUGAUUUAUUAGCUGCGGCAAGAUGUAACAUGUUCUCUCACGUCUUAUCCAAUUACCAAAAUUCAUUCAUGAAUUUCUCAACAAAAGUUGCUCAAACCUUACAAGCUGCAGUGGAUACAAUGAAUGAGACUCCGCAGUAUGAAUUUUGUAUUUUAAAAAGCUUAGGAGAAGUAGACUCUAAUCAAGAAGAAGGGACACCAUUGGACAAAGAUCAAAUGCUUUUUUUCAAGGAUGAUUACAAAGAUGAAGUACAAGAAAAACCCUCGACAUCAAUUGAGACAGAGCACCCUAAAGAUAAUGAAAAUGAAAAUCAAUUGUCCAAAGACAAAAACAAUGAGUCAUCAACAUUGGGUAAUCUCAUUGAUACGGGAAUAGAGGCAGCAACUGUUAACAAAGAUGUCAACGAAGACUUAGCAGGACUGCAGUUAAAUUGUGGAGACGUACCGGCUAAUUUUGGAUCAUUCAUGCCUUCACAGUUACUUCAGAAUCUAAAUACUAACCUACUACAAGAAUCUUUGGCUCCAGUUCAUGUAAACAAAAUGAAAUCAAACCAACAAUUAAAUACAGAACAACCAAGUAAACAGCAACUUCCGAAACCUGCACCAAAAAAGGAGGAUAAAGCUGCUUGGUUCAAAUUAUUUGCAGAAUUGGAUCCUUUAGCCAAUCCCGAUAACUUACCUGGAUCUAACGCUAAUCAAAGUCAUGCUGCUUAAUAAAAAGCCGCAACAACUUCGAGAAGGAAGCCAAUCGGAGGAU